GCGUCUAUACUUCUCUACCGCCAUUUCGCGCUUGCCCUGGACGCCCUCAGCCCCAGUGCCUGCUGAAGGAAUGCCCGCAGACACGUAGUCAAGGCAAUAGUAUGACCUUCCUGUGUGAAAUUAUGGUGCCUAGGAAGGUGAAGACUCAGCAUGUAUAUUAGACAGAUCAUCAUCCAAGGAUUCAAAAGUUACCGCGAGCAGACUGUUAUAGAUCCUUUUGAUCCUCGGCACAAUGUAGUUGUUGGUCGAAAUGGCUCGGGAAAAAGUAACUUCUUCUAUGCUAUUCAGUUUGUUCUCAGCGAUGAGUUCAACCACCUCAGAGCAGAGCAGCGUCAGGCCCUCCUCCAUGAGGGUACGGGCCCACGCGUCAUCUCUGCGUUCGUGGAGAUAAUAUUUGAUAAUGCAGAUGGCAGGAUACCGAUUGACAAAAAUGAGGUGUGCCUGCGAAGAGUUAUUGGUGCCAAAAAAGAUCAGUAUUUUCUUAAUAGAAAAGCUGUAACAAAAUUAGAUGUUAUGAAUUUGCUUGAAUCAGCUGGGUUUUCAAGAUCAAAUCCCUACUACAUCGUGAAACAGGGAAAGAUCAACCAGAUGGCAACAGCACCCGAUUCACAGAGGUUGAAGCUGUUGAGAGAAGUAGCAGGAACUAGAGUUUAUGAUGAGAGGAGGGAAGAGUCAAAAGUAAUUCUUAAAGAAACACAGAGUAAAAGGGAGAAGAUUGAGGAAUUCCUCAGGACGAUUGAAGAUCGGCUGAAGACUUUGGAAGAAGAGAAGGAAGAACUGAAAGAGUACCAGAAGUAUGACAAAAUGCGCAGAGGCCUCGAGUAUACCAUCCAUGAUCGUGAGCUGAAAGAAACAAGAAAAAAGUUGGACGAUAUGGAGAGCCAGCGCAAAAACUCUGGUGCUGAGCAGGAGCAGUUUAGGCAGCAACUUCAGAAAGCUCAAGAAUCAAUCAAAGCACAGUCCAAAGAAAUGAAGGACAUAAAGUCUAAAUUAUCUCAAGUCAAAGAAGAGAGAGAUACAUUCAACAUGGAACAACAACAGCUUUUGAAGGAGAAGACCAAACUUGAGUUCACCAUAAAGGAUUUAGCUGAUGAGGUUCAAGGUGACAACAAGUCAAAGGAAAGAGCAGAGAAGGAACUCCAGAAAUUACGAGCAACAAUUGCACAAAAGGAAGCAGAGCUGGAGGCUAUCAGACCAAAGUAUGAAGAAAAUAAAGCGAGAGAGGAAGAAGCUCAGCAUGAGCUGUCAUUGAAGGACCAGAAGCGAAAGGAACUGUAUGCUAAGCAAGGCCGAGGUAGUCAGUUCACUUCCAAAGAACAACGUGACCAGUGGAUCCAAAAGGAGUUAAGGUCUCUCACCAAGGCUGUCAAGUCCAAGCAGGAUCAAAUUCAGCGACUGGAAGAUGAAAUUGUCCGUGAUAGUGAACGCAGAACACAACUUUUUUCAAAAGUGGAGAACUUGAAUGAAGAGAAGACCGAUCUCUGGAAUGAGAUGCAGUUUGAAGGAAAAGAACUCUUGCGUUUGAAAUCACAGGAGAACUCAAUUCAAUAUAAGAAAAGUGAGCACUGGCGCAAGGAGAAUAACCUUCAGCAGAACGUAAGCUCCCUGAAGGAAGAACUGUCCAGAGCUGAUCAAUCCCUCCGUUCUAUGGCAGGGAAACCUAUUCUAAAUGGUCGAGACAGUGUGCAAAAGGUGCUUGACACAUUUAGAGAGCGUGGUGGUCAUCUUGGGGAGAUUGCUGAACAGUAUUAUGGACUCCUUAUCGAAAAUUUUGAGUGCGAGAGGUCCAUAUAUACAGCUGUGGAGGUGACAGCUGGCAACAAGCUGUUUCAUCACAUUGUGGAAUCUGAUAAGAUUGGCACCCAAAUCUUGAAAGAAAUGAACAAGCAGAAAUUACCUGGUGAAGUAACCUUCAUGCCUCUUAACCGUCUCACUGUGAAGGAUAUUGAUUAUCCCCAGACAAAUGAUGCCAUCCCCAUGGUAAGCAAGCUUACCUACUCUGAUCGUUAUCACAAAGCCCUGAAGUAUAUUUUUGGACGCACAUUGAUCUGCCGUAACUUGGAAGUAGCCACUCAUCUGGCCCGCUCCACUCGCCUUGACUGUGUCACCUUGGAUGGAGAUCAGGUUUCCAGCAAAGGUUCCCUUACUGGAGGGUAUUUCAACACUUCAAGGUCAAGAUUGGAAAUACAAAAGACUAGAUCUGAGCUUCGAGACCAAAUUACUACAGCUGAAACUGAACUCAGAACAUUACAAGAAACAUUGAGAAAUACAGAACAGGAAAUCAACAAAAUUGUAUCAGAAAUGCAGAAAACUGAGAUAAAAAAUAGCAAAGCAAAAAAUUUGUUUGAAAAGGUAAAAACUGACAUUCGGUUAAUGAAAGAGGAGCAGUCAGGUCUGGAGCGAACCAAACAACCAAAGGAGAGGUCUUUGACUCAACUCAAGGCCAGCUUGGAAGCCAUGAUGGCCACCAAGGAAGGAUUAGAGUCGGAACUUCAUCAAGACCUAAUGGCUACACUCAGUGUUCAGGACCAGCAUGAAGUAGAUCAGUUGAAUGAUGAUAUUAGACGACUGACACAAGAUAACAAGGAAGCUUUCACUCGGCGGAUGAAGCUUGAAGCAGAUAAGAAUAAGCUUGAGAACCUUCUCACAAACAACCUUCAUAGAAGAAAGGAUGAACUUAUGCAGGCCUUGCAAGAAAUUUCUGUGGAGGACCGGAAGCGCCAACUGGAUCACAGCCAGAGUGAAAUCCAAAGAGUAGAUACACGAAUAGAGGAGGUAGCAGUACAGUACAAAGAAGUGGAGAAGAAAGUCACAGAACUUCAAAAGAAAGAAAAGAGUUUAAAGGUUGAACUUGAAAAGGUAAAAUCAAAAGAAAAGGAAGUUAUGGAGCGAAUGGAAGAAGAUGCCAAAGAUUUGGAAAAAAUGGCAUCAAAGCAAACUCUUCUCCAUCAGAAAAUUGAUGAUUGUUCAAAGAAGAUUCGUGACUUAGGAUCAUUGCCUUCUGAAGCUUUCGAUAAGUAUCAAGGUCUGCCGACUAAACAGCUUUUCAAGAAGUUGGAAACUUCCAACAUGGAACUGAAGAAGUAUUCUCAUGUUAACAAGAAGGCUCUGGAUCAAUUCAUCUCAUUCUCUGAACAGAAGGAGAAAUUGGUGAUGAGGAAAGAAGAAUUAGAUAGAGGGUAUGACAAAAUCAAGGAGCUGAUGAGUGUCCUUGAACACCGAAAGUAUGAAGCCAUCCAGUUUACUUUCAAGCAAGUGUCCAAGUACUUCAGUGAGGUGUUCAAGAAGCUUGCUCCACAGGGACAUGCCCAAUUGGUCAUGAAGUCAGACAAUGAGGAUGAAAGUGAGCAUGAAGAACAAGGAACAGUUGACAACUUCACGGGUGUUGGCAUCCGUGUGUCAUUCACUGGAAGAAAUGCUGAGAUGAGGGAGAUGAACCAGUUAUCAGGAGGACAGAAAUCUCUUGUGGCCCUCGCUCUCAUCUUUGCCAUCCAGAAAUGCGAUCCAGCCCCUUUCUAUCUUUUUGAUGAAAUUGAUCAGGCACUUGAUGCUCAGCACAGGAAAGCUGUAGCUGAUAUGAUUCAUGAGCUAAGCAAAGAUGCUCAGUUCAUCACCACAACCUUCAGGCCAGAGCUUCUGGAACAUGCAAAUAAGUUCUAUGGUGUAAAGUUUAGAAAUAAGGUCUCUCACGUGGAGUGUGUAUCACGAGAAGAAGCUUAUGAUUUUGUUGAAGAUGACCAAACCCAUGGUUAAGUACUUCAUAUAUACACACAUGUAUAUAUAAUAUUUAGGGCCAACCUUCCAGUUGUGUGAAGGGUUGUUAUUUUGUAAAUUUCUUGUUUUCCAUGUUCAGUACAUUUUGGUAGCUGAAGUUUCAUAUUACUUUUUAUACUGUUCUAUAUCUGAGAAAGAGGAAUGCUUCCCAUGUAAAUUGUAAAUAUUUUUGAAAGUGCAUAUCACAUUCGUUUUGUAGGAGAAAUGUUAUUUGUACAAAGAAAUUGAAACCAGAGAAAUCUCUCAUAUUUUUUGAAUGUGCAUAAGUGGAAAGGGACCUGAGGUAUAGAUUUUCUAUAUAGGAAAGUAAAGCACUUAUAUAUUAUGCCUUUUUUUUUUUUUUUUUUUUUUUUUUUUUAUUUUUUUUUAGGAGAAAUUUUAUUUAUAAUUUCAUCAGGGUCAGUUUUAUGUAUUUUAUUAAAAAACAAAAACAAAAAAACAAGCAUAAUAGGCUGUAUAGUUUUAUUUUGUGUGAUCUAACAGAAUUAUGCAAGAAAUUCAAUUGCUAAAUAUAUAGGUGCUCUUAUUUUUUAAUAAAGGAUGAAAUACUUA